GUGUGGCCAGAAGGUCUUCGCGCUCCCAGAGGGCGCAACCGUCGAUGAUGAACGCGCUGCGGCGAUAGUCACAACGCAGCAGCUCUGCCAGGCGGUCUUGACGACGGCCUCCGAGACUAUAAGCAGCGAUGACACAGCCAGCGUAGUCGACGACAUCAAGAGUUUGGAGGCCGCGAGUAGCGCACCCAUCUGGCCCCAAGUUGGCGCGCUGGGGCUCGCCACGCACUGGGGCUUGCACAGCGCCGAGGCGGUUGAGUCCAUGAAGACGCUGAAGGGGCGUGCGCUCCUGAUCGCGAAGGACGCGCCUGAGUUGGGCGGCCUCUCGAAAGCGAUGCAGCUCGACGAUGUGCCCGACAAGGCGCUUGCUUUGGUCCAGCGGCUGCCCUUGUACAUCGCCCGAUUCGGGGCCGAAGCGGUCGGGGAAUUGAAGGCGAAGCUGAUCAAUGUCUUCUCCGCCCUGGCACAGAGGCUGCCGGCCAGGGGCUGGGAUGGCGACGCGGCCGCGCGCGAUGGGAGGUACGUCAUCUUACCGAAGGCGCAGGCCAGUCAGCAGUGCACCGACCCGACGGCGACGCUGAGAGCCUUCGUGAACGUCGCUUGCGACAUCGUGAAGCUCAUGCCAAAUCUCAAGCUGUGCAAGAAUGCCAACAUCGGAGGCGAGGACGUCCCCACCUUGGCGACGGGGGCGUGGAGCCGGCGCACCGAUUGCGACGAUGUCCAGAAG